ACAAAAAAAGGUCAGUUUUAAACACUGUGGUCAGUGUUGUUUUAUCCCAAAGGCUAUAAUAACGCCUAUAUUAAAAUAUUUUUUUCAUUUUUUGUCUAUGGGACAGAUAAAAACAUUGAUUAUUAAUUCAGACAAUCGAAUGCACGGCUUGCCUAGACGCAAUAGCACAGAUUGAAUUUUUUUUUUUUAAAUUGUACUGUUGCUGGGUACCUAAAUCUAGUUUAAUCUGUGGUAAAAGUUUCUAUACUUAUCUUUCAAUAAAACUGCACGCCUGACCCGUAAGUGUAGAAUAGCUGACCAAUGAAACGCUGCAAAAUACAUGUUGUAGUAUUUAAAAACUAUAAAUAAUCAUUAUCUACCAAAAAUAUGUUAUCCUAAAAAUGUGUUUUGUCACUAUUGAAUUAUGCCCAAAUAACAUAUUAUUUGGUAAUUAAUUAGAUAGACUCAAGUUAGUUAUGGCCUUUAUGGUUCGAAGAUUUUAUUCAUCAGUUAUUGAAAAGACUGUUAUGAUAUCAAGAUCAACAGAUGUAUUUGAAAACCUUGCCUUGGAACACUGGUACUACCGACAUUCAGACUUCACUAAUAAAAAUAUGUUGCUAUUGUGGGUAAACAGUAAUUGUGUUGUAAUUGGCCGCCAUCAAAACCCUUGGUUGGAAGUAAAUUUUGAUCCAGCUACUGAUCUUCGGAUAGCAAGAAGGAAUAGUGGUGGUGGAACAGUAUUUCACGAUGAUGAAAACCUCAAUUUGACAUUUUUCACAAACCGUGACAUUUAUAACAGGAAACAAAAUUUAGAAAUAAUUGUUGAAACAUUAAAAAGUGAAUGGAAUAUUGUAACAGAAAUUAAUAAACGAGAAGAUAUUGUAAUUGAUAAUAAGUACAAAAUAUCUGGCACAGCUUCCAAGUUGGGAAGACCUAAUGCUUACCACCAUUGUACAUUAUUAGUUAAUUGCAAUCGAGAAUUGAUGUCAAAUUUAUUGAGAAAACAUGAAAAAAAUAUUGAAACCAAUGCCACAGUUAGUGUAACAUCAGAUGUUUUGAAUUUGACACAAAUUAAUAACAAAGUGUGUAUCAAUAGAUUAAUGACUGCUAUUGGAUUACAAUACCUGAAAACAGUAGGUGAUUCAACAACAGCAAAUCAAGGAUUUAAUUAUGUAACACCAAAUGAACAAACAUUCCCUGGUUUUAAUGAAAUAAAAAAUGAAAUGGAGAGUUGGGAAUGGAGAUAUGGACGAACGCCAAAGUUUAAUAUAACUGUGAAAUGUAAUGAACUAUCUGUUAUUUUAUCUGUAAAAAAUGGCAUUAUUGAAAAUGUUGCUACAGCUUGUAACGUAAGUUUAAACAAUUUUGUUAAUGAAAAAUUUAAUAUGAAUGUAGUGGAAGAGAUAAAACAACUUUUAAAAACCAUCAAAAUGUAAUUUCAUAGUUAAACAGUUAUGUUUUUAUAUUGGAUAAUUAUUGUAGUAAAAUAUAUGUUGUGUUGAUUUAUAUUUUAAUUAAAUAUUUAAAUUAAUGAUUACCUAUCUGACACAAUUUGAUUCCUUAUCAUUUCCAUUGUACAGUUUGAUAUUUCAUAGGAACAAUAUAUUUUUUCUUUUGUUUAGAUUCUUGAGCCUUGAAUGCAUUUCACCUACUGAGCAACCAAAUACAUGUGGGGUUUCUUGCUUAAUUUAGUGGGAUGUAUAAUGCCACUAAAACAAAUAUGUAAUGACUAAUGACCUAUUAUGCUUAUUGUAUGUCAAUUAUGUUUUCCCUUUAAAUAAUGAUAGUUAAAAAAACAUUUUAUCGUUAAAAUUAAAUUAUUUGAAUUUUAUAAAAAUUUAAAAACUUAUGCACAUUCUUGUUGUGUGGUUAUUAAUCAUCAUGUAUAGUAAAUUAUAAUGGUACACAGUAAUUACAAUUUAAAGGUUUAACUGUUUGUUUGUUCUAUUAAAAUGAUAAAGAUCAUUAGGAAAAUCAAUAGGACAAAUAAAAUGGUAUGAAAUAUAGUUAAAAAUUAUUAUACUAAAAUAAGAUAUACAUUUCAUUUAAUAGAUACAUUUAUCAUAACAAGAAUAAUGAAUAUUUAUUUUUCUACAUCUAAAUAAUCUUAGCCAAUUAUAUUAGGUUGGUAAUCUAUAAUAUAAUUAUUAUAUUUUAUAAAUAGUAAUAUAAUGCGUAUAAUCCUAAGCCGUGAUUAUAAUAUACGGUCGAAGACUAAAAUCAUAAUCUAUGGUCUGGCAUUGCUUUACAGAGAGCGUGCAUACAUAAUACAUUAAAAGCUUAUAACUAGAAUAUACAAUAUAUAUUUGAUCAGUCAAUCCGAGUAAUAAUUAUAAUAAAAUAAACAGUGAAACUCGACUAGUACCUAGUCUAUUGUUCAUUUAAAAAUGUGCAAGUUUACUAUUACCCUGCACUGAAUGACCU